AUGUCCAUUUCAUGGGUCUUCCUUAUCUUAUUCGGUGAAGCCGGUAUCUCAUCGCUGGGACGUUUAGACGUUCUUGUAGAAGAGGAAAUACUGUGUUCAGGUAUCGAGUCAAGAGAAGAGGAAGUACUGUAUCCGGGUUUCGAGCUGCGCGACGUCGAUGCCAUUACUGAAGGGCUGUGGGUAUCGGUAGCCGCCUCAGUCCGGACUUCUCAUUGGCGACCACUAUACCACCUUCCACUCGCUGCGGUCGCCCAGGUCGUAUGCACACUACUCGUCGGACACAAGGCAGUCAGCCCCGGCAAGGCAUUCGUUAGCCGCUUCAAGGCACCCUCUUCGUUCCUCGACAAAGCCAAGGCAUGGCGACCUCGAGCACUCGGCGACAUCCAGGCAGGAUCCGCCAACGACCAAGAUGCUUCGAACAACCCGCAGGCAGCGGACUCCGACAUCGACGACUCAACCACCCAGGCAGGGCAGAGCACGGUCAUCGCGACCACUCACCACCCCUCGAUGCAGGCAGCGUCGAGGGACCCCAGAGAGUAG